AUGAACACAAAGAAAUCAAUCAAAAGAAACAACAGAGCUAGAAGUCAAACCACAGUCAAAAGGCAUGAUCAUUGGUUAUUCGUUAGCUCAAACGAUAUAAAGAGCGAGGGUUGUUCAGAUGAUAAUCAAGAAGAUGAAGACGAAGAAGAUUCAUACACUUAUCUUUACUCAACCAAAUCAGAUUCAGAUUAUUCAAUAAGUCAAAGCAGAAGUGAGAAUAAAAAAACAGUUGGCUCAAAGAUUGAAGUCAAAGACAAUGUUCAUGUUGAAGAUGAAUCACAUUUAAUUUCAAACCAAAAUCAAGAUUCUAAUGAAAACCCCACAGAGGAUGCUUCAACUAGUCCAAGCCCAAAAAGUUAUCAAUUCAUUAAUUUGAGUAUUGAAAAUACAAAAUAUAAUAACAGUUCACCUCGACCACAAUCAGACCUUAAGUUUGAGACAGCAUAUAUUAAAAGGGGAAAGUUUAAAGGGUUUCAUGAUGAUAGAAGGUAUAGAUGUAUUUAUGGAAAUUUUGAUGAAACAUCUAAGUGUCACAGAGAAGACUGUUAUUGUAUCAAUGCAUCAAUUUAUGAAUCACCAUUGAGGUUUCUCCAAAGUGCUGAUAGCUUCAGUGAAGCUGAAUCAAUCGAUUUUGAUGAUAACAUAUUGGUAAGAAUGACUCCAGAGCCCUCAUCAACAAACUCCUCAAUAUUCCAUAACAAGCAAAGUGCAGGUAAAGCAUCUAGAAAAGUAUCAUUACCAUCUUUGAAAUUACCAAGCUCAUCACCAGGAACACCACAGAAUCAAUCUAAAAGAAAUCCAACUCAACAUUCAGAUAGAAAUUCUAGAGUCUUGUAUAAAGUUAAGCAAAAAUUUGAUCAUUCCCAUCCUUCUAGUGCUGGUCCUAAUACCAAUAACAGAUAUACCCCGGAAUCUUCAGAAAAAUUAUCCAAAAGGGUUAAAAUGUAUCAUUCAGUUAACAAUCUUUCUAAAAGAUCUUCAUUAAAACAACAUUGGGCCGGUGAUGUUACUCCUUCAAUGAAAGAUGAUCAUGAUGUUAUAACGAGACCCCAAACAGCCAGAACCAAUAGCAAGCAUAGGUAUCUCAAAAGUUUCAGACUGCAUAGAGAUGUUUCAGUUGUUGAUUUACCACAGCAUAAUCCACGUUCAUACACACAUCAAACAAUUGCAAUGAUUUGA